AUGGUAUUUGUCGGAGACGAAACCAAAGAUGACACAUCAAAGCCCACACCACCCAGACCCGCCUUGCUAAAACCAAGCGCUGACAAGAUGCCAAGUAGUACCGGUGACGUGGAGACAGCAGGGCCAGUCGACAAACCCAGGGGCGCGUCCUCCGGUGGACCUUCACCCAAGCCCGUCUGGCUAAAACCAAGCGCUGACAAGAUGCCAAGUAGUACCGGUGACAUGGAGACAGCAGGGCCAGUCGACAAAGCCAGUGGCGCGUCCUCCGGUGGACCUUCACCCAAGCCCGUCUGGCUAAAACCAGGCGCUGACAAGAUGCCAAGUAGUACCGGUGACAUGGAGACAGCAGGGCCAGUCGACAAAGCCAGUGGCGCGUCCUCCGGUGGACCUUCACCCAAGCCCGUCUGGCUAAAACCAAGCGCUGACAAGAUGCCAAGUAGUACCGGUGACGUGGCGACAGCAGGGCCAGUCGACAAAGCCAGUGGCGCGUCCUCCGGUGGACCUUCACCCAAGCCCGUCUGGCUAAAACCAAGCGCUGACAAGAUGCCACGUAGUACCGGUGACAUGGAGACAGCAGGGCCAGUCGCCAAACCCAGGGGCGCGUCCUCCGGUGGACCUUCAGCCAUACCCGUCUUGCUAAAACCAAGCGCUGACAAGAUGCCAAGUAGUACCGGUGACGUGGAGACAGCAGGGCCAGUCGACAAAGCCAGUGGCGCGUCCUCCGGUGGACCUUCACCCAAGCCCGUCUGGCUAAAACCAAGCGCUGACAAGAUGCCACGUAGUACCGGUGACGUGGAGACAGCAGGGCCAGUCGACAAACCCAGGGGCGCGUCCUCCGGUGGACCUUCAGCCAUACCCGUCUUGCUAAAACCAAGCGCUGACAAGAUGCCAAGUAGUACCGGUGACAUGGAGACAGCAGGGCCAGUCGACAAAGCCAGUGGCGCGUCCUCCGGUGGACCUUCAGCCAUACCCGUCUUGCUAAAACCAAGCGCUGACAAGAUGCCACGUAGUACCGGUGACGUGGAGACAGCAGGGCCAGUCGACAAAGCCAGUGGCGCGUCCUCCGGUGGACCUUCACCCAAACCCGUCUGGCUAAAACCAAGCGCUGACAAGAUGCCACGUAGUACCGGUGACGUGGAGACAGCAGGACCAGUCGACAGACCCAGUGGAGCGUCUUCCGGCGGACCUCCACCCAUACCCGUCUUGCUAAAACCAAGCGCUGACAAGGGACCAGAAACGGGCGCUACAGCUCCACCGCCAAAGAGUGAAGGUAGUGUCCGAAGCAUGGCACCGGUAGAACCGAAAGAGGAGGCGGGGCCGGUUCAGCCUCCAUCAGAGGCCCCUGUAAAGAACGUUGGCCCCGGUGGAUCCCCAUACCAACCCCGGAAAGAAAGCAUGGAGCUCCAACGUCAACCGCUGAGUCCUGAAAAUACUACUCGUUCUGGUCCCCAAGGGCGGGCGCGGGCGCGAACGCAAGCUGGGGACCUCCCUGCACUGCCACCGCCGACUCCUGAGGAGGAGGCUGCCCUCGGUGGUCCCCCUGAGGAGCCCCCUACAAGUCGGAUGGCAUCUCAAUCAGGUGAACCGCUUGCGGAGUCAGGAUCCCUAUUGCCCGAGGUAUCAGUGGAUGGGCCAGGGGAGGAGGACAUUCCCACGCCAUCGUCUGAUGCUGUCGCUGGCAAGUCAGCUGCAGCGCCCGAAUUAGCAGCGCCUCUCAUGCGGAGAGGAAGACCCGGCAGCAACCUUCCCGUGUGUGGACCAGAAGUGUCUCACUUCGAACGAACAUUCCAACGGGCCUACAAGGAAGCGCUUGCGGCGGUCCACGAGCUGGACGAUGGCCCCCGGUGUAUAACGUCAAUUAUCGGGAAAAUUGGGCUUCCGAUUCAUCGAAAGUUCCCUGAAGUUCGAACUGAAGUCGUGGAGACAGUGGUGGUCUCUGCCCGAAUGAGACUGCUCGUCCAGUCUACGGAGAAGACGCUAAAAGCAAUGCGCUCUGGUAGUAUGCGCAACUCGCACAGCGAGUCGGCGCUUGAUGUGGCGAUUAACCUGCUCGGAACAGAGAUUGCCAUCGGUGAUACGGUGAAGGAGAUAGGCCCCGAUAACCAGCUGCAGUCUCGGACCUGGAUCGUGGAGAGCGUCGCGGGGAAACGCCUGAACUGCAAGAAUGGAGAUGAGACACGGAUCUUGGAUGUAGAGAAAGCCGUGAAAACCAUUGAUUCCUACCACGCCACCAUUGCAGACUUGACUCUAACAAAUAGCUGGAAGGAAGUGGAGAAAAACAAUCCCAGUCUGUUUAAGGCUCUUCAGAAGGUCAUGUGGGAACAAGGAUGGUGGACUGCCUAUACACAAGCGAAGGCGAAAGGCGCCUGGGGCAUACUAUUGAAGAGUAUGGAAAAGGGAGAGCAGCCUACUGGAGUUCUGGAAACGUAUCAUCUAUAUAAAAAGACCUCUGCAGUGCAGGGCUGCAUGCCGCUCUCUGCGGCCACGGCUGCCGCCGAGUCCGAUCUCCUGGGAGUUGUCGCCGAUUUCGGAACGACCCCGCUGGAUGACCUGGAGAAGGAGAUCGAUGUAGGCGAAGACGGUCCUGCCUGCCUUGCUGCGAUCGACUUUUUCUUUUCUCGCAAAACCCAGGGCACGUGUGCAACCGAAUGGCGACGCAAAGUGGCUUGGCCACCAAAGAUUAUCAGUAUGACCAACGCCACUGCACUGAAGGAGUUCUUUUCGCAGAGCUGCGAAUCAAAGGUUCCCACAGUCGUUCGGACGGCUCUGAAAUACGAGUGGAAGACUCUCCUGAUGCUUGAAGAUCUUGGCGCCUCCAUGGCAGAUGUUGCAAUCUCUCUUGAUCCCCAGGGGGAUCCGUUCAAGCAACUGGAGAUGGACAUAUGCGUCGCGGCCUGGUUCAAACGGCAGAAAGCGGAAAGCCUCCAGCAAGGUUUCGGCCUCGACUUUUACAAUCCUCUCCUUGUUGGGUCAUACGCCAUCACUCACUUCCGAGCUCUCUUGUCUGCAACACAGGCUGGCCUGAAGAGUGCUGACUCCGCUGCGAUAGAGACCAGCGAACCUCUGAGUGGUCUGUUCAGAACUCUAACCUGUAAAGCGCCUUACGCUGUUCCCAUUGCAUCUUUCCUUCUUCAAGCCAGUGCAUUUUUGCAUGUGGAGGUGGAACAGGCAAAGAAGAAGCAAUACGCCAAUGCAGCAGCAGUGAUGGCACAAGGCGUCUUCGACGAGAAAAAAUUUGAUGCUUCCAGGAAGUGGAUCAGGAGCCAAGUCAUCAAAUUUGCAAGGCUAUUCAUGCCUGGGUACCUUGACGGAAAGAAUCCCGCUGCCAACCGUCAACAUGCGCUUUUCCCCUUCACCAAAAUGGCUGUGGUGAUGUGGAUGCUCGGCCUUACGGAUCCGCAAAACUCGCCGGUGCCUCCCCCAUCUCCGAAGGUGUUCUUCGCUCAUCUUCUCUACAAUAAAGGCAAAGACCCGGUCGAUGGAAUGGCAGAACGAAUCAAGCUCGACUGCAAGAAGGCUGCGGUGAACCUGCCCCUGUGGAUCAGCACGAACAUUCGAGCGACACCAGCUAAAGUCAAACUUGAAGAUAUCCGUCAGAAACUUGUUACGGGUCUCAAGUUUGGCGUUUCCCAGACUGGUGAUAUGCAUCAGGCCACCAAGGACGUGGAGAAUCUGGUACAGGGCUGCAAGGGUCUCCUCUUUGACUUUAAUGACCCCAGUUACAGGCCCUUGUUCGAGCACCAUCACUGUAUGACAUUGCAGAAGAACGCUAUCUCGUUCUUGAGAAAAUUAUUUAAAGGCUCCAAAAAACAAGUGCCGGAAGACCAGAUUAACGAGGUCUUCGAGUUCUUGAGCCAGGUCCACCUGGUAUAUUCCAAUGAUGACAGCGGGCGACUGCUAAAGGGAUUCGCUGAGUGGAAGAAAACAAGGAAGCCAUACGAUACAGAACGUCACACGCUGGAGUUCAAUUGCCUGUGGAAAGAGAAACCGGAGACUCAACGUGCUAUGGUCUACGCGGCUCUGAAGCAAGAGGACCCAGAACCAGGCAACUACCCGGUUCCCCCCUCUUUCGACACUUGCCCGGCUCAUGCGGUUGACCCUUUGACUACCUCGAGUCCGGAGUUUGCCGGAAUUCCCGGGGGCCACAGCAUAUACCCUGAUCUCUCUGCUUUCUUCUAA